CCUGAACCCCGUCAGUUGCCUCGAGCAGACUUGAGUGAGUGGGUGCGCAAAGUGUACUAUCGUGGAAUUCUCAUAUAUUUUCAGUUUAAUCAUUGUGAUAUCCGUGUGAUUUGUUUUCUUAGUGAAUUAUUACAUCAGUGGAUAAGCGUAGAUAUGAGUAAAAGGUGCGCUAGGUGUGAGAAGGCGGUGUACCCUCUGGAAGAAUUGAAAUGCCUCGACAAGAUAUGGCAUAAAGGCUGCUUCAAGUGCCAGGAGUGUGCCAUGACCCUUAGCAUGAAGACCUAUAAGGGCUAUAACAAGCUGCCCUACUGCGAGGCGCACAUUCCCAAGGCGAAGGCAACGACAGUGGCAGAGACCCCGGAGAUGAGACGCCUGGCGGAGAACACCAAGAUCCAGUCUAACGUACAGUACCACGCCGACUUCGAGAAGAACAAGGCCAAGUUCACCCAGGUUGCCGACGACCCAGAGACUCAGCGGCUCAAGAAGAACACUCAGAUCAUCAGCAAUGUGAUAUAUCAUGGUGAGCUGGCCAAGAAAACGGAGAUGGAACGCAAGCGAGCGGAACCCAACGAAGAUGAUGAAGAGCGGUCCCAAUGGCUUGAUACUUUUGGAGGAGACAUUGCCACAGCCUCUGCAUCUGUCCACCAUAAAUUAGCCUCUUACGCACAAAAUGAUGACAGUGUUGCCUAUGAGUACGAUCAGGAAAUUUCUGCUUCCCCAGAUUCCCGUCAACCCCAUGAUUAUUCCUACUCCUCAAACUCUCGAACCAACGUCCCUUCCCAACCAUACCACCACCACCAGUCCUCCACAGCUCACCCUUCAUCCAAACAGUCGAGAUCAAACAAUAAUCCUUCUGCUUACACACACAAAGAGAAUCCCAAUCCCUCUCCCGGUUACCACCCGUCCUCUAAUUCACGAGCCCCCAACGCCAACACCCAGUACCCUCCAGAUUAUAUUGAUGAGAGAGGUUAUUACCAUUAUCCUGAGUCUAUGGAUGGACAGAAUGCUUCUGAUAACCACUAUACAGGCAAGCCUGCAAAUGGUUCAAGUGGGUCUUACCCAACUAGCACUAACAGACACGGUGCUUCACAUUCAAAUUACCCGACUAACAACCAUUAUGCAACUGGAGCCCCACCACGUGAUGACAUUAAGCGGCAGCAGGAACAGCAUCUGCAGCAACAAAUGCAGCAGCACCAGCAGCAACAACAGCAGCAGCAACAACAACAACAACAACAACAACUACAACACCAACAACAACUACAACAGCAGCAGCAGCAACAGCAGCAACAACAGCAGCAGCAUCAGCAACAACAGCAACAGCAGCAGCAGCUUCACCAGCAGCAGCUACAAAAGCAUCAUCAGCAACACCUACAGCACCAGCAACAAUCUUAUGCUGCUCCCCACCAACAACAGUACAGUGGACCUCCCCCAUCCUCUCAGCACCGACACCCAUCCCAGCCUUCCUCCACCUCCUUCCUCCAUCACCAGCAUCAACAGCAGUACCAGCCACAGCAGAAGCAGCAGCCUCCUCCCACCUCAUCCUACCAUCACCAUCCUACUCCCCAGAACAUGUUUCACGAUGCAAACCAUAACUCGCCGUACUCCGCCCGCACAUCUCAGACUCUCAUCUACUCCAGUCAGACUGGACCAGUGCAGCAGCAGCCCAGCCGCCGUGUAGGCAGCAUAGCUGACUAUGAUCCAGUGAAUGAACAGUAUGGCUCCAUCAGUCAGACUACCGGUAAUGCCAACGUGGGCGGAGGAUACCGACAAGAGACGACAUAUCAGGUUCAACGCUCCAACCUCUAUGGAGACCAGCAGCCUCCACCUGCACAGAUUAACUCCAACCCAGCAGCUCUCCACAAGGUUAAUGCUCCACCCACACAACUUGGGCGAUGUUAUCGUGCUAUGUAUGAUUACGAGGCAGCUGACACAGACGAGGUGAGCUUCAGGGAUGGAGACCUCAUAAUCAAUUGCACAGCCAUUGAUGAAGGUUGGAUGACUGGCACCAUUCAACGCACUGGAGUUACAGGCAUGUUGCCAGCAAACUAUGUGGAACGUGUUAGCUGAAUUCCUUCAGAAAGCAUCAAGUUCAUUGGGGUCUUCUUUAGGGAUUUAUUACAUGAAUUCAAGUGUUUUAUUAUAAAUACAUUUCUUUUGUUUCAGUAAAGUUUUUGCCAACAUAUUUUUGUUAUAGAUAAUAAAUGUAAUUAAAAGAGCUAAUCAUUCACAUUAGUGAAUUUUAGUUGAUUGAAGACCCUGAACCUUUGCCACUUGUGAUAAGGUUCAAUUGAGAAAAUAAUUUAUCAUAGAAUUUAAAUUAGAACAUUCAAUUUUGCUUAUACUGCAUUUCUUUCUUUUAGAUAAAUGUACAUAUACAAAAACCUAUGAUUUUAUGAAGUGUUGUAGGGCUCUUGUGAACGCUUUUUCUGUUUUGCUGGGAGCAUCUUUAUUUUGUGAUGGCGCAGCUGAAACGCCUGUCUGGAAUCACAUUAGGUUAUACUGUAUAGAUGAUACUUCACUUCCUGUACCAAAGCUUGUGAAUAUGGUUAUUCAUACUGACAGUGAAGCAUUUCAGUGUCAAACAUGUGAAAAUUGGGUGAUGUGAAUUGUACACUUUUGUGGCCUUAAUGUAGCCUUAACUUUACCCAUAUUGACUUGAACUUAGAAAUACAACUGACAAAUUGCUACAUUACAUCUUUGAGCUUAGGAAUAUGCUUCCUUCAUUAUACCAUUGUGUAAAUACAAAAAACAAAAUAUAUAUACUGUAUAGUAAUUAAAUUUGUAAGGUAUAGUAAAUAUUCUACUCAGCUGGAUUUAUAAUGAAUAAAAAAAUCAUAUACUAUUGCAAUUAAAGUAUAGUAAUGCAUUGUUAGGAGACUGCCAGAUCUGGUUAUCAUUCUUUGGCACAUUCAUAUUGCAUAGGCAAAAUUACAUAAGGAGUAGGUAGCUUUUAACUGCUUGUUUUCAUCAGUUUUAUUUUUUAGUAUAUAAAUCUUAGCCAAGAAUAUUUACAGAUACAGUAAUGGCCACUCUAAAUUACUUGAACACUGUAACAUAGUUUGAGGGAAUUUGGUCUUUAUGAAUAUUUUAGGCAUUUAAUUUGACUAUUUUACAGACACUCCCCCCCAAACCCUUAUUUAGUUGAUGGGCAGAUGGAAGUUUCCUGGAGUUAUGCACUUGUCAGAGUUACUGUAUGGCACUUUUGGUAUAAAUCACAUGCAGUGAAAACUAAUCUGUUUGUACCUUCCAUGUUAAACUGCUCUUAAUUGACUGUAUUCCAUGGGUCAUCGUUACUGUAUGUUUGAAGUAAAGUUUGGGUUGAUCAUAAUAGCUAUUCACUGAUAUUAUAUAAUUAAUAUGAGAGGUGGUGCUCUUGAAUAUAUGCUCCUUGGCUCUGUUUAAUGUAGCAAUCAGUUGUGAUUACUUAGUGUUUGUCAUGCUCUUGUCACUUGUAGUAACAGAUUUUAAUCAUAACACUAUAGGUAUCUCAAUCUAUUGUCAUAUAGAUUGAAGUUUUGUACCUUUGUAAGAAAUACUGAUUAGUCAGGCCAGGUGGAUAACAAGUAAGUGAUGUUUGUUGAUUUAUCAAGUAAGGUGGUUGAUUUUCCUUGUGAGGUUUGUGUAUUUGUCAUGAUGGCUGACCUAGAAGUGCUGUUCAGGUUAUAACUAGCCUUUAGGUCAAGAUUACAUUCAGCACUUAUUCUUGGAGGGUGUUUGUAGCAAGUUAUUAUCAUUAUGUUUUCCUGAAGAAAUAUGCAACUUUUAAUGGUAAUGCAGUACUGUAUACAGUACACUAAAAUGUCUGCAUGCAUGCAAAGAACACCAUUAUUUUCAAUUCAGCAUGACUUGAAUAAUGGCAAGAACAAAAUUGUCUUCCGUUAGUUAGUUAGUUAUGUGCUUUCUUUAGUCCUCUUAUUGCUUUGUGAUGUACUGUAUCUUCAGCUCUCGAUCCUAAGCAGUAACUUUACUGCGUCAAUAAUUUAUAUACGUAUUCUAAUUUUUAACUAUUGCAUCCCCUUUUGAGUAUUUUCCGCUUACAGAAAUAUUUUCCAAUCAUUUCAGUCUUCAUCCAUUUCUUGUCACAAACAGUCUUACCUUGAAACCAUCACUCCAGCUUUACAUGCACCUUUUAUGGUUCUCAGAUUUGAACUACUUUAUUCUCAAAUGAAUUAUUUUCAUCUAUUAUUUACUGUAAUUAUAUUAAAAGAAAGGUGGGUACAGGUACAUCAUUUAUUAAUUGUUUUUAUGGUAUACAGUAUUUGGUUUUAUUCAAGAAUUCGUUUCUCUGACCCCCAACCAACCCACUUCCACUACAAAAGGGGAGACUGUUUGAGAUAGCAUUGUUUAGUCUACAAUUGAUGUCUGGAUAUUACAGUUACUAAGAUUUUCUUUGGUAAAACCUUGCCAGAUACACACACUUUAGUCUUUGGUCAUCACUGUGUCUUUAUCAGUACUAAUGCCUUUAAAUUCAACUUUGUGGCCUGUAUAUAUUUAGCUGUUACCAUUGCCUUUUGAUUUUUUUCAUUCCUUUGGUGAGGAUCACACUCAUGGUGAGGUUUUUAAUAGUUCCUAUAUUAUCAUCACAUCAGUUGCAUCAUGCCAGGAACAGGCUUUUCUCAUAAAGAAAGGAAACCAGUGGUACAGUACAGUAGUAGUUGUUUAAUAUCAAAUUGUAAUAAAGGUGCCACUUUAUUCAUGCACCGCAGAAUGGUACUUGGAAAAUCCUCCCAAACUACUUAACAUCUUUACAUAAAAGAUCUUGUUGUUCUUCUGUUUUUGUUAAAGAAAUGUUUGUUUUUUUAUCUGCAUGAAGUAACAUCAGGAAAAAUGUAAUUGCUCUUACAUUCAAACUCGAUAUCUGUUUGUAUUAUACAUCUUGGCUCCCACGUGUUUAGUCAUUUUACACUGCAUUAUCAAAUGGUUCAGUUUUAUUAUAAGUGUGAGCUAAAGAUGCUUUUUUGUGAAUUGGAUGUAAGAAUAAAGUGAGAGUAAACUACGUUUAGUAGAAAAUUCACUUGAUAAAAGCUUCCAAGUCUGAAGCUAGGCUGACAAGAUCUUGUGUUCUUAAGUGACUGAAUAUAAUAACUGUAUGAUCAGACCCAUCUGGGAGAUGUAUUGUACUGAAGGUAAAAAAAUUUUGUAUAGGCCUGUAUAUCACUUGUUAACUGACAAAUUAUGCUAGAGAAUAAGAAUAUUAUUGUGUUAAUUAAUGGGUUACGUAAAAUAUCCUAUAGUAUAGUCAGUAUAGGCCCUUCUAUCUUGUGUUACACAGAAUUGUGUGAAUGAUGGGAUUUUUUUUUUUGUCUUUGUCAAUGGUCUUUCUUGGAUAUCCAGUUUUAACAUUAUUACUAAACAAAAGGGAAGUUCCACAGUAUGCCCUUGUAUUUUCAUUUGUACAUUAACCAUCAACCCACAUCAUCACCUGCUCCAGUGUAUGCCGUACUACCUGUUUUUGACUUAUGAGAAUUGGAGAAGUUAAUGCUUUUCUAUGUAUUAACAUUCCUCCCAUGCAGAAAAGUGGAGCUUAUAUUUUAGUGUUAUAUUUUUAUACAACUCUUUCUUUGUCCUUUGUUGUUGUGUGCCAUCAUUAUUCUCCAGCAGAUUAAGCAAUGUCAUACAUUAAGGAUUUUAAUGGAUGGGCUUGACAUGUUUAACUGAACAUAACUUCUUGCAUUAUUUUGUAUUUCUACACAAUUUUAAAUAUAGGUACUGUAGUUGAAAUCAAACUAAGAGGCUCUUCAGAGAUGUGAUUUAUAGCUUAUUACUUCUUACCUAGUCCAUUGUGCAGGAGAGCUCAGCACAAUGAAAUUACCAGCCAUAAAAGUAAGGCAAGAUGUGUGCUGUAUCUCUUGAUUGUGAAUUUUGCAUGCAGCUAAGAGGCUAUAAAGACUAGUUAUUAAUUCAGUUUAAUUGUAUUCUUUCUUAUUACUCUGCUAAGAAAGUAUAAUCCAACUUGGCUCAUCUUUGUACCAGACCCCCCCCAACACACACAGCUCCAGUCAUAUACAGGGUAGUCAGUUCCUUGUUUUUUUUUUCUUUGUCAUUGAAAUCUUUCUUAUUCAGAUGAUUGCAGUGUUCUUUCCAAGUUUUUCAAAUUGAUCAUAUCUUUCAAUUUAUUCAUCCUCUCUGCUCUGCCCAUGAGCCCCUUUAGUUCAAGAGCUCAUACCAUACUUUUACUUAUUUAUCCUUUUUGGGAUGGGAGGGAAGUACCAAAGUUUAAGAAAAAGUAUAUAUAUAAAUUUGAGAGCAAUAGUGGCAAAAAAAGGAUAUUUAUGUAUAUUUAGGUGUUGUAUGAUAAAUAUUCAUGCAGUAGCUAGUUUCAAUCAAGCCUAUUUUACCUUCAUUUACAUUAAUAAUCAUUUUUUCAUAAGUUGAUCAUUUGGAUUGUACGAGAUCUUAAGUUCUCUACCUUUCAGUUGACAAUAUGGCAUCUGGUAAAAUAUAUGAAAACUGCUACAAGUACUGUUGGGUGUCAGUUUCUGAUGUUAAGCAAGUGGUGUCUGUGAUAGACACCCGUGCGAUAUUGUUUGGUUGAUAUUUUAGCAAUGUUUUGAAUGUUUAUGCUUGUUUGUUUCUUGGAUCAGACAAGUUUCUCUUUCUCUACUCUAUGCAUAGCUAUGUGUAGCAAUAAAUCAUGAAUUGGGAACACCAUUUCAAACAUGCUGUGCUGUGGGCAUAUAUUGUAUUUGUGUUCUGGCUUUAUAAACUUUUUUUAUUUUUUUAUAUUGAAGUAGGAGUGAACUUUAACAUUUAUGAACUUUUGAACUUUGGGUACAUGUGUGUGUUGGAAGAUACUGUAAACUGAAUGCACACAUUAUGUAGCCCCGAUUCAACUUUAUUUUGCCCGUUAACCUAUUUUGUGUGUGAGGAAUACCAUUUGUAGCCAUAUGACACACCAAUGUUACUUAUUGUAGUUUACAUGUGUAAGAUAUUUUACUAACCUUAUCAAAAUGAAGUACUAUGGAAUGUUCCCAUUUAGAUUAUGGUCUUGCCUUUUAACAUAAAAUAAUGUACAGGAUAAUCUUAUUUUUUACACUUUUAAUUUUGCUCUAAAUGUUUUAGUAAUAAUAUUGCCCAAUACAUGAAACUUUUGUCCUGUGAUAAUUUCCAUGGGUGUUAUCAAAAAAUUAUUAUCCAAUGACUGUCAUGAUAAGUAGGAGUUGAGAUCUCCAUCAUCCAAUGGUUCAUUAGGUGAGCACCAGCCAUCAGUGCCUCAUUUAUCUGGCAACUACAUACUUUAAUUUUACAUUAAUUCAAACAUAGGUUGUUUAUGAAAUUAUAAUGAGUUUAUACCAGAUAUUUCAGGUACUGGUGAAAAGAAGACUAUCCAGUACCAUUGGGAUGUGACAACCUUAACUAUAACACAGCAUUUUGCUGAAGAUUUUGUUACAGCAACUGUUUUCUUUAAUAUGUCUAAAACCAGAAAUAUCUAUGUAGUUGUAAUUAAAAAAAAAAAAAGUGUUUCUUCGAUUCCAUUGGAUAUAUGCUUGAAUAUAAAGCUUUGUUACUAUUAAUAAAAAAAAAUUAAG